AUGCAGAUGGCGGCUCUCGUCAUACUAACGCAAAUAUUCCUCUUGGCAAGUCGUGUCCCUGAGUCUGCUGCACUCCUACCUCGUUCCUCAGAGAUGACUGGAUCAGAGGCACUGACAGUCGUGCAGACCGUCAUCUCGUCACAACCUCAGCACGGGUGUCCCGUGCUGCUCCUGUUCAAUAGCAUGAACCAGUUAACCCUCCAGUCACUGAAGGAAGUGGAGUGGGAGCUGGCCGCGCGGGGCGUCAUUCUCUUCCAAGUAAAAGCUGACAGCGUGACCAAUACUACAAUGCAAACUCACCUGGGCGAGGCGGUCGACAAGAUUCGUCAGCUAGGUCAGUUGUGGCACUGCCUGGUGGUGAUGGUGGUGAGUGAUGACCAGACCUUUCUCGUCACUUUCGCUCACCUGUCAUUCAAGCAAUACGCCCUUAUGUGGAAAACGAGGAGCAUCAUCUUCACUCGCCUCCCUCACAGUCAGCUCCGCGGUCUCCACGCCCUUCUCUCCAACAGGAACGUCAUGUUGCUGCGGCCUCUUGAGCGCAGAGGGACACUUAGGGAGAUUGGCGUGUAUGUGGAGUCGCCGUACAGCGACCCCUCCACUGCCAGGCCCAGGAGGGUCGCUACCUGGAGGCCCAAUACUACCUGGACACCAGACUCUUCCCUGCAGUUCUUCCCGGAGAAGUUUAUGGUGUUCUCUCCAGCGCCAACCCUGAAGGUGGCCAUCGAGCUACUGCCCUACCACAGGAUGUCGUGGGAGGAGGACACGAGUGUUCCUGAGGGGCGCCGACUUCACGUUACAGGAAGCAUGGAUGAAACCGUGAAGUACUUGGCCCAAGCGAUGAACUUCACGUACCGGUACGUGUUGUCCCCGGAGAGGACCUUUGGCUCCAUGCUGCCUAAUGGGUCUUGGACGGGUAUGAUGGGCAUGGUGGUGCGGGAGGAGGCCCAGUUCGCCACGGGGCCCUUCUCACUCUCACCGGUGAGGGUAUCAGCCGCCGACUAUACCGUGCCCUUCUGGACUGGAAGUCUCAAGAUAGUAGGUGGGCUUGGUGGAAUAGAGAUAGACCAGAGGGGCUUCCUGCUGCCCUUCACUUUCCUGGUGUGGAUAUGCACUCUGACGGCCCUCCUCGGCGUGCUCGUCCUCUUGCUGAUCCGCUCCCAUCUGCCGGACACCAAGCUGAGUCGCGGCGGCUGGUCGGCAGACACUCUGAGCUGUGUCCGCGUUCUCCUGCAACAAGGUAAGGUUUCGAAAACCAUGAUGAAGCACUUCGUGCUUUCCGUGACUGGCAGUCGUGCUACAGUAAUGCCUUAG